AUGCAAUCAACCUUUGCGGAAUUUGAAGCCGCUUUCGAUUCUCUUCAUCGAGGCCGUCUUCUAAACGCGCUCUGCGCCGAUGGAGUACCAGAAAAAUUCGUUCGCUUGCUUGAUGACAUGGAUCAACUGGAUCAACAAAUAACUGCAGUUCGAACACCAACCGGAUGUACAACACCGUUUGAGUGGUGCACGCUGAAGAACAACGGCAGCUACGAGAAGGAUAUUCAGCAAAGAUACGCCACGGCCAUUUUUGCAUUCAACUCCUUAACAAAAUGCCUAUGGUCGACCUCCAUCGCCAACGAACUCAAGCUGCGAAUCUACCUAUCCGCAAUUCGCUCCAUCAUGAUGUACGGAUCGGAGACUUGGUAG